GCCGCGCCGCAGCGGCUGCAGGUGCCCGCCGCGCCGCGCCGCUCCCCGCCGCAGAUUUUCGUGUGGAAUACUGCCGGUUCCAGGGAAGGGGAAUGAUACCAUCCUGCUUCUCGAGCUCUUCCAUUUGCCACCGCCUUGGGGGGAAAGGCUUUGAGAAGAUGGAGAACCAGAGGGGAGCGCUCUUGGGAUAUGGCCGCUGGGAAGGAGAAGAGGAGGGGGACAAGGAGGAUGGAGUGGUUUCUGGUGCUUCUCCUUCCAGCCAAAUGAGCGAAUUGGAGGAUGUGCAGGUGGAGAUGCUCAAGAAGGCAAGGGAGCUCUUUCAGCUGUGUGACAAGGACGAGAAGGGCUUUAUCACCAAGGUGGACAUGCAGCGGCUCCAGAAUGAACUCCCCCUUACACCUGAGCAGCUGGAGACUGUUUUUGACAGCUUGGAACAAAAUAAUAAUGGAUACCUCACACCUGUGGAGUUCAGCAUGGGACUAGGAAAGUUAAUAGGAAUUGAAUUGUGUCAAGGAGCUGGGAGCACAGAUCACUCCAGACACGAGGAGACCUUUGAGUCAGGCUGGUCAGAUGACUUGGAUCCGGCAGAUGAUGAUGAAGAGAAACGAUUUUGUUCCAUGAUGGAGCAGCUCGGAGCAGCCCAAGUGUUUGAUGAUCCAAGCGAGGUUCGGGAACUCUGGGCCCGGCUACGAAAGGAGCGUCCAGAGCUCUUAUCCAAUUUUGAGGAGUUUCUGUUGCGUGUUUCAUCGUACAUCAGGGAGGCGCAUCAUGAGAAAGAGUCCAUGGAGCAGGCACUGAAACGGAAGGAGACAGACCAUGACCGAGAAGUCAGGUGCCUUUAUGAAGAAAUGGAGCAACAGAUCAAAGCAGAAAGGGAGAGGCUGGUCUGCCAGGAAGCACUGAGACAUGACAGGAGUAACCUGCUUCAGAAGGAACUAUGUAGCAAAGAGCAGGAGCUGGAGAAAAUCCUCUAUCGCCAGAAGAAGCUGGAACAUCAACUACAGUCUCUGAACUCAGAGCAGCUGGAGACCCGGGUACAGAAUGAAAGGCUCCGGCACCUGAAUGAAAACCUCCUGGAAGAGCUGGAGAAAAGCAAAUGGGAGCUGGAGGUAGCAAAGGGGCAAUUACAGAAGCUCCAGAAAGAGGCCCAGCUUGAACAGGAGCGGAAGCACAGGGAUGUGUUUAGAGUCUCCAAGAACAUGCAGAAAGAGAAACAGAGCCUCCUUCGGCAGUUGGAGCUCCUCAGAGAGAUGAACAAGAAACUUCGAGAUGAGCGAGACACUUUUGAAGCCAAGAAGCUGGUUAGUCUAAGAAAGAAAAUCCUAAUUCCUAAGCACCCUCCUUUCAUCUGCUGCUAUUGCUGUCACCACUCGGGAGCUUGUCACUUCCACGGGGGACAAUGACCUGAGCUCACGAAGGCUGGUGUAGUGCAUGAAUACAGACUUCACAGCACCUCUCUCUGAGCUGGAGAAAAGCUCUGCUAUUUGCUCUCUCCAGCUGCCCAGGUUCAAACCAAGGCACACUGGCCUGGGACUGCAACAUAACCCUCUGUGGGGCUGCAGUGGGGUGCUGCAUGUGCUAGGCCUGCAUUUUGUGACAGGCAUUGAGUACAUGUGAGGAGGGUAGAGAAGCUGGAUGAAUCGCUGGAGCUUGGUGGUGAAGAAGAUGUAUUCCCAGAUACGGGGCCAGCUGCACUGGAGGUGGCAGGAGGAUGGGAGGGUUUUAGAGUUUGUCUGUGAGCCCUGAGUUCAUAGCAGAUGUUUUCAGAAGUUCCUUUUGGGGCAGCCACCUCGUUCCUGUGAACUCUGCUGUGGUGGAGAUGCAGCAUUGAGCCUUGUAUCAAAGGACUAGGAGGAAGUGGGGAGCCUGCUUGGAAUAUGAGCAGUUGUUGGCCCUGGGGAACGUCUGGGACAGUCAACUAUGUCACUGGUCUUUCCCAGCUUCUAAGAUAAAUAUGGGGAUGGGAUUUAUUUUUAAUUACAUUUCUGCUCUGUGCCCUUCUUUGGACCCAUCCCUGCUACCAUGUACCGUUCCCUGCUCUGCCAUCGUGCUCCACUUGAAGGCCUGGAAGCAGCUUUCUUGCAGUGAUGACAGCCAGUAGUAGCCACAAGAGAUGAGACAUGUCCUUUGUGGCUCGUGUGUGGAGGAUUAUGAAAGCAGGCCCAGGGACAGGGCGCAGGUAGGACAGGAGCUGCCCUUUAGCCUUUUGGGGAACACUUGCUGGGUGAAGUCUCUACACAGCUGCUUUCUGUUCAGGGGAGUAACUUCAGUAAAUAUCAUAAAGAGGUGAGGUGUGUGUGCCUGUCUGUGUGUGUGCGUUUCUGAAAUCGGAAGGGAGAUCUUUUAUUUUUAGAGAUGUGGUGUGUUUUGUGUGUGCAUGCAUGUGCGUCUGUGUGCCUACAUGUGCGCAUGCCAGAGCUUACUGCUUCCUCUGGAAAAGUAAUAAACACAGUUACUUUGUUGCAGAGUCCAGUGCAAAUAGGCAAAGAAAAUGGUGCUUUCUCCUCUUUCCAUGUGUAAAGCUACAGCAGCUUCUAGGUUCCUGUGGGUGGGCUGGGAGGCUUGCGGACACUGCAGUUCAGGUAGGUGCCUGGGUGUGUGCAAAGCUGGUGUACCUCUCCUGUCCUCUCAUGUCUUCUCCACUGCUAGGACCUGCCCAGGGCAGGACAGCUGCAGAUGGGUCUAAGAGAGAGCCUGGCAGGAGAUAGUUAUGGCACAGAGGAGAUGCUUUCAUCCUUCUCCUUCCUGAGCAGGCAGUAGGGAUGGAGCAGCAGGGUGAACUCCAGCUACUAGCAUUGCUCACCUGGCAAGGCUGGGUUAUGCUGGGCUGAUCAAACUUGUGCUGGAAUAAGGUUUUUUCCUUUGACAGCCAGAACCUGUUGGCCAUUCUCAUUUCAAUCUGCAGGAAAGCAGGGAUCCAAGGGAUUGCAGAGAUGCUGCUAUCAUCUAGCACAUGCAGAAGAUCUGCCUUCUAGCCUGUCCUACUGUAAGAGGGACAAGAAAUAACAAUAAUUCCCUGCAGCAGCAAAAAAGGGUGGUCUGGCUUUCUGAUGUGGGUUCCUGGUGUGUGGCAUGCUCCAUAGCACAGAAUAUAGAUUUCUUUUUAGCCUUUAAAGCUAUGUAUGUCCUCAAUACCCUCUGUCAGUGAUGGGAAGAAUUUUGUUAUUUCUGUGAAAUGAAGGUGUGAUGAACAGUGGUUCUUUCAUGGUAAAGAUGUUGAAGUGGUUGGAAGGAGUGUUGGGCUGUAUGUGGCUGACAGCAACCCAGCCACUGUUCCUUUGCACUUCUCAGUGCCUGGUUUAAUACCUUACUCUUUGUAAGAGUUUCUGGCCUUGCCAGGGUGGGCAGGCCUGGCCCCCUAGUGCUGUGGAGCACGUUUUCCCUUGGUAGCCACAUCACAGGCCGCAGCUGUUGCUGCCUGUGCACAAACUAGGCUGCAGGUGCCCUUUAGAUCCCGGGGUUACAGGCUCUUUCUGCACCAUCUGGCUGUGUUUGCAUCCGGUGUGGUGACUAAGGGCUUGUCCUGAGUGAGCAAACUUCAUGUCCAUUGCUUGUGAGGGGUGUUUGGGGAUUUUAACUACACCAAACAUGUAUUUGCAUUUUGCUGACAAACCAGAAGAUGCUUUUAUUUUCUUUCCCAUCCAAAAUGCCUGUAUGUAUGUUGUCAUUGUGGAAUCUUUGGCAUUGUGUGUUGUACAACUGCAGUGUUGCAUCUCCUUUUACCAUCCCUGUGAAACCAAAUGUUACAUAAACCUGGCAAGCCAAUAAAGCAUGGCAGAACCAAUGGGAAAA